CUUUUCUUCUUCAAAUUCCUCCAAUGGCGGCCUUAAUUCAAAUCUCCCAUCUCCUACUUUUCAUCCUUCUCUACUAUCCUUCCCUCUCUGCUUCCUUCACCGUCAUUAUGUCUGACUCCGGCGCUCCCUCUGCCCUUGUCGACGGCCCUCAAUCCGGCUUCUCCCUCCAUAACGCCGCCGUCCGUACCGACCCCGCCGAACAAUCCGCCGUCUAUGAUAUCAUGUCCGCCACCGGCAAUCCCUGGGCCACCCAAAUCCCCGACGUCUGCGGCGGCCGCUGGCACGGCAUUGAAUGUAUGCCUGAUAAUCACAAUCUCUUCCAUGUUGUUUCUCUCUCUUUCGGGUCGCUCUCCGACGAUACCGCAUUUCCGACCUGCGACCCGACCCGAUCCACUAUUUCUCCUUCUCUCGCUAAACUCCCCCAUCUUCGGACACUGUUCUUCUACCGUUGUUUUACUGAUAAUCCGCAAAUUGUCCCUUCGUUUUUGGGCCAGUUGGGCCCUUCCUUGCAGACUUUGGUCCUACGAGAGAAUGGGCUUAUUGGCCCAAUUCCCAGUGAAUUGACUAAUUUGACCCGGCUCAAGGUUUUGGAUCUUCAUGGGAAUAACCUAAACGGGUCGAUUCCGGUUGGCUUGAACCGUUUGGUCGGUCUGCGGUCGUUGGAUUUGAGUUGGAAUAAGUUGACUGGUUCGAUCCCGAGUUUGGCGUUGGAUAAUUUGAGAAUACUCGAUUUGAGUCAAAAUCUUUUGACUGGUUGGAUUCCAAAUAGGAUUGUGACAUGUCAGUCUCUGAUUAAAUUGGAUUUAAGUCGUAAUAGCUUGAUGGGAGUAAUCCCAGAAUCCAUUACCAAGCUUAAGGAUCUCGUACUUUUGGAUUUGAGUUAUAAUCAAAUCUCGUGUCCACUUCCAGUGUCGCUUCAGCAUUUGAGCUCGUUAGAGGUUUUGAUCUUGAAAGGAAACCCAAUGGGUUGUACCAUUUCUAAUGAUCUAUUCGACGGCAUGUUGAGCUUGAUGACGUUGAUUCUUUCUAAUAUGGGCUUUCACGGACCAAUUCCUAGGUCUUUGGGUCGAUUGCCCAAUCUUCGAGUCCUACAUCUUGAUGCCAACUACUUUAACGGUUCAAUCCCCUCAAACUUUCAAGAUUUGAGAAACCUCAACGUUCUAAGACUCAACGAUAACAUGUUAACCGGACGAAUCCCACUGCAGAAACAAACGAUAUGGAAGAUGAAGAGGAAGCUUACAUUAUACAAUAACUCAAACUUGUGUUACGACUCUGAGACCGGAGUUGUCGACAUGUCAGCCUCACCAUAUAGUGUCGGUAUCGGUCCAUGUAAUGGCCCAAAUUCUGAACCGAGUCGAACCGUACAACACGUUUCUAAAAGUAAAAAAAAUGUAACUAGAAGUGAUACAUCGUCCGAGACGCGUCGUACAAGCUCUAUUCUAGUUUGGCUGUUUCAACUAACUACUUGUAUUUGGCUCAUCAUUAAAUUAUUAUAACAUAAAGUGUAAGAUAAAGCUUAUUUGUUUU